AUGGCCGCCGCCGCUGUUGUGCAAGGCGCUCCCGUGCGCCCGGCGCUUCCCGCCGGACCACGGCGUGCCAGGUCGCCGCCGAAGUCACCGGUCAAGCCACCCGCCAAGCCAACCGCCAUACCACCGGACAAGACGCCAGCGAAGCAGCCACCGCCCGUGGUGACUCAGCAACCCGCCGCUGUAACGUUGCCACCUCCGGCACCCGGUCAGCCAGACGUCAAACAGCCGGGCGCUGCUCCACAAGCACCCCAGCGUGAAGUGCCCGAAGAGGUGCACCUCACUGCUCGGCCGGACAUGACGCCAGAGAAGCUGCCGGACUUUGGUGACGUACCAGUGGUGCUCACGUGUCCGCAGUGCUUCCGCCGGGUCAAGACCAGGGUUGAGCUCGAGAACGGACGCUUCGCUAAGUGCAUGGCCUGCUGUACCUGCGCCUCCGUUGUGUGCUGCUGCUUCUUCUGGGUGCCCCUGUACGCGGACUACUUCAAGGACCUGUACCACGUGUGCCCACAGUGCUGUGGCAUCCUCUACGAGAGGAAGCAGAUGGGCUGAAGGCGCAAGGGGCUCGGGUGCUACAAGGAUCGUCACUUUCUUCGACAGCUGCCUUCCCGUUUUCUUUUUCAAGCUUACGUCGUUUAGAAAACAGGCAUAUACGCUAACAUCUCGUGUAUCCCUCGUUAUAUUAGCAACCAAGUAGGCUUAAACAAACUAACUUAACACAGCGAGCAUAACUCGAAAGGUAAUCUAUGGAAGCGUAGACAGUGAGUAGGAAAUGCGGAUUCUUGUUGGAGCGUCAAGAAACGACAAAGCGAACGAGCUAGCCUCAAACAGUUCAAACGUUAUCGAACGGUAUGGACGAUAAGCAUCGCACUGAA